UGAUUAACGUCUAGCUAAAGAUCACCGCUAAAAAAUUUCCAUUGUUCACUCAUCACUCGUGCAUUUCCUUUUUCUUCUCUUUUCGUUUCCUUUCCUUCUCAUUUUCUAUUGGAAGUACAGAACAUCGACACACGCUCUCUCUCUCUUCCAAGCCUAUCUCAUGCCAAUCCCUUCUCUCUCUCUCUAUCUUCCAUCCUUUCUCUGCACUUGUUAUAGUUGAGUUUAUAUUGGUAAUCAGUAAUGAGGUUAGGGUUCUGAUUCUUGGGUUAAAGUUCGAUUAUGCAUGGGGUACCCCUUCAUUAUAUAGAACCGAUUCGUGAGUUGAUUAUCUAGGGUUUUGGGUCUUGAAAUGGCCGAAGCUUCGAAAGGUCGCGUCACUAUUACUCUUGGGCGUACUGGUCAGGUGGUAAAGAGAGCUGCAGCUGUAUCGGAGGUUGACUAUGAUGAUCCUCUGCGAGGUGCUGGAAAUAAGCGGUCUGUUAGAGAUAGGUUAGGAAGUAGUUUCGAAAGUUUCCCAUCAUAUGGAAGUCUAGCUAACAACAAAAGACAAAGAGGAGACAGUUAUUUGACAAGUUUGAGUGCUAAUGGUGUGGAAGAUGUUCGCAUUGGUAAGGAUGACCUUCGAUUCAAACUCAUGCAAAAAAAUGUCUCUAGAAGACCCCAGAGUGAUUAUUACGGAAAAACCAUGGACCUCCGUGAAAAGCUGUCUAGGACAGUGCAGCCUUCAGGUCCCCCCCUUAAUACUGUUGAUGCAAUGCAGCGCAUGCCUGAUCCAAAGAACACUAGUAUCUUAGGUCGAAUUCCUCCUGCAAGAAGUGCAGAUAAUUUGCCACAGAUUGAUUCAUCAAGGAAUUCUUGUUCUCCUUGGACCUUGGAUCAUAUAAGAAGGAGAUCACCAGAUAGAAUUAUAGGUAGUUCUAGGGGUUUAUCCCCACCCAGAAAUGUGGAAGAAUUACAAAGAAGACCAUUAAGCAGGACAUUUGAUGAUGGAAGAACAGUUUCAUACAUGAACAAGGAUGUUCUUGAUGCUUCAAGGCCUGUGAGUAGUUCCACACCUUUCAUGACUAAAUCUGUGUUGCCUGCAGUAUCUACAAAGCCUGCAGCACCUCUUCUGGGCCAACUUCCUCCACCAACUGCAAGUGGGAUCUUACAGAAGAGCUCAUAUGUGGGUGAAGAACAGCAGACUGUUGAAGGCUUGUUACAUUCACUGGGAUUGGGAAAAUAUGCCAUUCUUUUUAAGGCUGAGGAAGUGGAUAUGACGGCAUUGAAGCAGAUGGGGGAAAGUGACCUUAAAGAGCUGGGAAUACCCAUGGGACCAAGAAAAAAGAUUCUUCUUGCUCUCCUGCCUCUUUCCAAGAGACAACCUCGAUGAUUGUAUUUUCAAAGCCAAGCUGUGCUGGGGAAUUAGGUCAAAUGCUGUGAUGGUUGGCUUAUAUAUAUCUUUUUCCCAUGAAGUUCCACCUGCAUCUCCUCAGAAUCAAUUGAAGUACUUCAUGAAUCAAUCAAUAGUCAAAUUUUUGAAUCCAACAAGUGCUCAAUUGGUUAACAUUUUGAUAGAUCGCGGCAAAAAAAUUUUGAGAUGUAUAAUAUUGGCUAAUAUUGUUGCAUUGCUUUUCAUGUUUUUUUUUUAUUUUGACAUGCUGUGUAUUCAAACUAUUAUCCAUAUAAUUUGCUCAUGGAGGCAUGAUGCUAAUGCAAAGAAUUAACUUGGGUAUGGAUGUUAUAUAAAU